UGCGCUCAUAUAUAGAUUAUUAAGAGAAGAUGCGGAAGCUAAAAUUUCAUGAGAAGAAGCUGUUGAAGAGAGUUAAUUUCUUGGAAUGGAAGAGAGAAGGCGGCCACCGAGAAGCGUUUGUCAUGCAUCGUUACCAUAUAACAGCCAGAGACGACUACAAGAAGUAUUCGACUCUGUGCAGAAUGGUGCAGAAGUUAGUGAACGUGCUAAAACAGAUGGAUAGCAGAGACCCUUUUCGGACUGAGAUGACUGAUGCCCUCCUUGAGAAGCUGUACAACAUGGGCUUGAUACCAUCUCGUAAAAGUUUGGCUUUAUGUGAUCGUCUAUCGGUAUCAUCAUUUUGUAGGCGGCGGUUGGCCACUGUCCUGGUAUGUCUGAAGAUGGCCGAACACCUGACAGAAGCAGUAACGUAUAUUGAGCAGGGACAUAUUCGUGUAGGACCCGACACGGUUACUGACCCGGCGUUCCUUGUCACGAGAAAUAUGGAAGACUUUAUUACAUGGGUUGAUACAUCCAAGAUAAAGAGAAGGGUCUUGGAAUACUACAAUAAGGUGGACGACUAUGACGUAAUGAACUGAGGUCUCGGAGAGUCAUCCUUCCUGAAGCUGCUGUUGAAUCUCGAUAAUUCAAGGUAGGACAAUCUUUGUCGGAUAAGUGAGAGUGUGGGGAUUGUGGCCCUGUAAAAUUUUUGGGUACUUCUGAUCUUAUACAAUCGCUCCUUUACAUGUUACUUGAUUAUGUUCUCAAAAUGAACUUCUGUUUCUUUUCGUUCUUGAUGAUAUCAACUAUUGUAAGAAUAUUUAUAGUACCAAUUUGAGACGUGGUGAUUGAUCAAAUGAUUCAGACAA